GUCAGGUUUAACAAGAACAUACUUCACAUACCCGGAAGAUGAGUGACCAGAACAUCACUUACACAACUGUGAGAUUUCAUAAGUCUUCAGGGUUGCAGAACGGAGUGAGGCCCAGAGAAGCUGGCUACAGAAAGUGUUCAGUCUCCUGGAAGCUCAUUGUGAUACCUCUCGGAAUCUUUUGUUCCCUUCUGCUGGUAACUGUCGCAGUGUUGGUGAUACACAUUUUUCAAGAAAAACAUGAACAGGAGAACAUUCUAAAUACCCUCCAUCAAGAGAACCAAGCAUUAAAAAGUAACAUCUCCUUAAAAGAAGACAUAUCAAGAAAUAAGUCUACAGAGAUUGAUAACCUCAGAGGUCAACUAGACUCUCUCAACAGACAACUGAACAGAUGCCACAAGGAAAGCAAGAUCAUUUUAGGUUGCUCACAACCCACAGGAAAAUGUGUUGAAGGACACUGUUUCUGCUAUGGCAUAAAAUGUUAUUAUCUCGUCAAGGAUGAUAAGUCCUGGAGUGGAUGUUCACAGACCUGCCAGGAUUGCAGCCUAUCCCUUUUGAAGAUAGAUGAUGAUGUUGAACUGAAUUUACUUAAGCUUAUAUUUUAUCAAAAGAAAUACUGGAUUGGAUUAAGACGUAAUAGAUACGAAGGGAAAUGGAAGUGGAUUGGCGGUGGCUCAUCUAACCUAGAUUUGGUAAAAAUGCCUUCACUACAUGUCACAGGAGAAUGUGCACACCUAAGUUCCACAGGUAUAGAAGGCGCUGACUGUGGAAGAAAACACGGCUGUGUAUGUCAAAAGAGACUGGAUAAAUUUCAGGGUGGAUCAUCAGAUUAUGAUUAUAAACAUGAACCUGUGGCAUACAAAAUGGGGAUCCUUUCAGGUGCAGAAAUGUGUAGCUCAUGUUUCCUAUCUGUCAGUAUCAGUUCUCAACAUACAAUUUCCUCUUUUCACUUUGGUCAAGAGGAGGGGCAGAACUUCAAGAGCUGGAGUAUCAUUCGGAAGCAGUGCUCUUCUGUGUACCAUUUGGGGUCUGUGAGGGGAUUCAGGACUGUAAAGAACAAUUUGUCCUUCGUCAUUGGUUCCCUCACCGAGUACCACCGCCUGGCUGGGGUGCAGAAUUUAUUAAUUAUACAGACUAAUGAGGUUGAUUAUGAUGAUGUCUAUACAUGCAUGUUAUGGCUAUCAGUGGACGAUGCUCUUAAUCUGGGAAUGAAUUUCUUACCACUUUUGAUGUCUUUAGGAGUGUUCAGUCUCCUUACAUCUCAUUGCAGUGGCUCUCGGGAUCCUUUGCUUACUUCUGAUGACGGCGACCUCAGUGUGGCUGAUAUACAAAGCUUUGAAGUCCGAUUAGCAGCUUAUGAUGCUGUUUUUCAGUAUCAUCUAGAAAAACAUAAGCUGCAGGAAACUCUACGCAACCUCCGUUAUAACUACAGCAAUGUGCAAAAUGACUGCAACGUAAAGGAAGAGAAGCUGAGAAAUAAGUCUAGAGAGUGUGAUGACCUCAAAGAUGAGCUGGACUCCCUCAAGAGAGAGAGGAACAGAUGCUAUGGGAACACCAAGACUGUUUUAGAUUUUUCACAGUACAGAGGCAAAUGUGCUGAAGGACGCUGGUUCUGCUGUGGCUUAAAAUGUUAUUAUAUCACCAUGGAAAAUAAACACUGGAAUGGAUGUAAACAGACCUGCCAGGAUUGCAGCUUAUCCCUCUUGAAGAUAGAUGAUGACAGUGAAAUGAGGUUCCUUCAGCUCCAGAUUUAUCCAGACAAUUACUGGAUUGGAUUCUCAUAUGAUUCAACAAAAAAUAAAUGGAAAUGGAUUGACAAUGGCCAAUCUAAACUUCUGAACUCAGGUUGUCCGGUUUGGUGGUGGUACACACCACCAACUGACCCCUGUUACUGGCGGCCCAAGAUCAUUUUUUAUGGGUUUCAAGAAAAUGAGUAUCUUUUAUUGUUUUUGAGUGAUUUAACAGUAGUGAAAUCACUACGUAAGAGGAGAGGCAGUGCGUUUUUCAGUUUCACAGACACAUAUAGUGAUGACUGUGGUAAAGCCCACUCCUGUGUCUUUGAUAAGACAAUAGACAAAUUCCCUGGUUCAGUGUGCAGUGUGCAGGAAAGUGCCUUGAACAACCCGAGUUACCACCGUAAGAUCGGAGGAUGUGUAUUUCUAUCUAAAACAAGACUAGAGGUUGAGCAAUGUGGGAGAUCCUACCCCUGCAUUUGUGAGAAGAGACUGGACAAAUUCCAUGAUUCGCUCUCUAAGAAUACUUAA